UACAUGGGCUCAUGAUGUUUGUAGACUUCUUCACCAGUUACCUUCUGUAGAGAAUACUGGCCAUACAUGUUAUCCCCUAUGUUUAAUUCUUUUGGGUAUACAAGUAAAUGUCAAAGACAUUAUCCUAUCUCUGAAUAUAUGGUUGUGAUAUGUUAGAUCAUACUUUCUUGCAAGUUGAGAAACACAGCACAUGAUGCUGCCUUUCUGUCACGAUGUUUCCAUCUGUAAUCUAAUUACCUUUUUAUCAUCUGUUGUAUACUUGGAGCUUCAAUAAACCAUUAUAUAAUGAAUCUGAUAGGCAAAGAACCAGCACAUGCACUUUCCUCUGUAACUCCUCCGCAUCAUCUUCCUACAAAGAAAAUACUCUCACAUUGUUUUACUUCCUUCAGCAACCUUCAGAAAAUGGGUAUUCGUAUGCCUCGGAUCAUUCAAGCGAAACACAUUCUUCAAAGGUCUUUCUCAAAUGGAACUCGCACAUCAACAAUGGAUCUACCAAAAGGCUAUUUUGCAGUUUAUGUUGGGGAGCAAGAGCAAGAAAAGAAGCGCUUUGUGGUUCCUGUGUCGUUGUUAAGCCAACCUUCAUUUCAAGACUUAUUACAUCAGGCAGAGGAAGAGUAUGGAUAUGACCAUCCAAUGGGUGGCCUCACAAUCCCAUGUAGCCAGCACAUAUUCUAUGAUCUCGCAACUAGUCUGGGCGCAUUAUGAAUUCAAUUUAUUGAGUUGAAGUUGUAAAUAGUUUUUUUGUAAAGUAAUGAUCACUACCUUUUUGUAACAUGUGACACUCAUUGGUUGUCCGGUUGCCCAAGUUGUUUUGAAACUCGAAUUCGAACUUCAUUCAAAUCCA